AUGACGUACUUCCAAAAAAUAAAAAGGAAGUUUUCGUUGCAGGGUGACCUAGCUUUGGUGAAAUGUCUCCUUGACGUGGGCGCUGACCCCAGUCUUGGAGGCAAACAUCAACUUCCUCCUCUUCAUCUAGCUGCAAUGAUUGGAAGUCCUACUAUAGUGCAGGCCCUAGUCGAUAAAGGAGCUUCCCUGGCAGCAAAUGACUUCGUGCUGUUCACUGCUUUGCAUUGCGCUACUUAUUUCGCUAAUGAACAGGUGGUACGCUGUUUGCUGAGCUGUGGGGCUGAUGGAAAUGUUUGUGGGGGUGUCAAGGAUCGUCCCUUACAUUUGGCAGCCAGCAGAGGUCUUUCCGCUAUCACCUCCCUCCUUUUGGAAGCAGGGGCUGACCCACAGCUGGCUGAUGACGAAGGGAACCUUCCGCUGCAUUUUGCUGCAAAAACAGGACACAUGGCUGUACUCAAUAUACUCCUACGUAGCAGUUCCAAUGUCGUUGAG